AUGGCAUUGACCCCGGCAGUCAUUGCAGAAGCUGAACGUAUCAUGGCAUUGGAUGCGGCAGUGAACCUCAAGGUGUUGGAGCUUAAUGAUUUGUGGCUGAGCAACGGGCUCGCCUCCAAGCAAGUCCAUGGACCAGAGAGGUUUUGCAUACAUCCCCAAAAUCGGGGAGGUGCCAUGAUGAAUAGCUUUGAAAUGGUGACAAAGGGGGAGACGAUGAUGAGCCAAGGCCUGCGGAUUGAUUUGCUCGAAACAAGUGCAGUAGCAUUCUGCAUGUCCAGCAAUGCAGUGAAACGUGACAAGCAACUUGCAGCAAAUCGGAAAUGCUGUUCCCAAGCCAAAGGGGUGAUGCCCGAAGUGGUUGGCGACGAAUUGUUUCUCACGGUUGGCUCAUCUCACUCCACGUGCUAUUUGAAAUCCAUGAAGCAGGGCCUUGUGAAGAAUGCUUCUUCGUUCAUGAAAAAGGGGGAACCGGCUUGCAAAGAGUACUUGGAGACGGUGGCAUUCUUUGCUCAGAAGUACACGGGGGGCGACGAGAUGCCUUUGGUUGAUUUCCUUGUGUCCUUUAGCAAGCUUUACGGCCAGAGCAUUCGCCUCGGACAAGAGUUCACUCAGUUGAUCACAUAUUUUGACUUUAAGCUUGAGGCCAACCUGGCCCCAUGCUUCAGAGUGGCUUGCAUGGCUGCACAGGUGGCCUCACCCAAAGUCCAAGACCAGUUUGCGAAGCUACUGGUCAAAGCUGAUUUGGACCGCAUCAAAUCCAAAUCAAAACCCGAGCUUCUUGAAGCAGAGAGGCUUCUGAAGGAUGCAUGGGUUGCCACACAGAAUGCACCCUUGAAGGAUGGUGAGCGAUACACCAUUUUCGGGCGCUGUUGUGUGCGAACAGUGCUAUACCUCAGCCAGAAGCAAAAGUUCGGCCGAGAGAACAAAGAAUGGAAUAGCUUGGAGGAGAUCAACCAGGCACUCGCCACCGAGCUCUUGGGUCCUAAGGGCACGAGUUCCAGUGCAGCUCCGACCGCAAGCCCCUCGAAGGUAGCGAACCUGCUGGAGGCUAGCCCAUCAACCGUUGCUAUGAUGCAGCAUCCACAUUUGGAGGUCGGAGGCCUAUAUCAGCACAGCGACUACGGAUCCCAGGUGUUUCAGCUGUUGGAGCUGAACGACACGUCGGCGAAGUUUGAACAUCGGCCCCUAAUGCAAGAUGCAUGGACAGUGGCCAUUGCACUGUCCGAUGACCUGAAGCAGUGGAAGAAAACGAAGAAGGCGAUUGUGCAGGUAGUGGACCAGGCGGCUUGGUCGAAGUACCUCGUGGAGAACAACUCGACUGCUGGUGAGGCCAUUGACAUGCAGCGAAUGCAGAUCCUGCUCUACGACACGUUCGUGAAUCUCCCGGAGGUCGAUGGCUUCAGCUUCGUGAGCCCGCCCACGGGCCUUUGUGCCACGAUUAACAUCCCGAAGGGCAAGCUCAAACUCAUCGCUUAUGGUGAUUUGAAACGAGAUGAUGGCAAGCCUGGCCACAAGGUCUCGGGAUAUGCUUUGAGCCCGCCGAAGGCUGUCGGUGAUAUGGAUAAUGUCACUGCUACGUCGGUGCGCGUACCGUUCUGGUACGUGAAGCCAUCGAUGGAUGGAGGCCGUUAA